GUGAAAACACAGAAGAAACACUGUAUUUCACAAACACUCCAAACUUCCUUUCUUUUCUUUCUUCCCAACCAAGGCUACAUUAAUUUCCUCUGUUAUUCAAUAUGGUGAAAAUAUGUUGCAUUGGAGCUGGAUAUGUUGGGGGUCCAACAAUGGCUGUGAUAGCACUCAAGUGUCCCACAAUUGAAGUAGCCGUGGUCGAUAUAUCGGUCCCUCGGAUCACAGCCUGGAACAGUGACCAGCUUCCAAUUUAUGAGCCCGGGCUGGACGAUGUGGUGAAAUCAUGUAGAAACAAAAACCUGUUUUUCAGCACUGAUGUUGAGAAACAUGUUGCUGAAGCUGACAUCAUUUUUGUCUCGGUUAAUACCCCGACAAAGACCCAGGGUUUAGGUGCAGGGAAAGCCGCUGAUCUGACGUAUUGGGAAAGUGCAGCCCGAAUGAUUGCUGACGUGUCAAAAUCCGACAAGAUUGUGGUUGAGAAAUCAACUGUCCCGGUUAAGACAGCUGAAGCAAUUGAAAAGAUCUUAACUCAUAACAGUAAUGGGAUUAAGUACCAGAUCUUAUCUAAUCCGGAAUUUCUAGCGGAAGGGACGGCGAUAGAAGACCUUUUUGCCCCUGAUCGUGUGUUGAUAGGAGGGCGAGAAACACCAGGAGGGCAAAAAGCUAUAAAAACUUUGAAAGAAGUUUACGCGCAUUGGGUCCCUGAGGAGAGGAUCAUUUGCACGAAUUUAUGGUCAGCCGAGCUGUCCAAGUUGGCAGCCAACGCCUUUUUGGCACAGAGAAUAUCAUCUGUGAAUGCCAUGUCAGCGCUGUGUGAAGCCACUGGCGCUGAUGUGGCAGAGGUGUCCCACGCCAUAGGCAAGGACACCAGGAUCGGACCUAAGUUUUUGAACGCGAGUGUUGGGUUUGGUGGAUCGUGUUUCCAAAAAGAUAUCCUUAACUUGGUUUAUAUAUGUGAAUGCAAUGGAUUACCUGAAGUUGCAAACUAUUGGAAACAAGUGAUUAAAGUUAAUGACUACCAAAAAGCCCGAUUUGUUAACCGCGUCAUUACUUCAAUGUUCAACACAGUUUCGGGUAAAAAGAUUGCUAUUUUUGGGUUUGCUUUCAAGAAAGACACGGGUGACACGAGGGAAACCCCUGCAAUUGAUGUUUGUCAAGGGUUGUUAGGAGACAAGGCUCGGUUAAGCAUAUAUGACCCACAAGUAACUGAGGAUCAAAUUAGGCGUGAUUUAGCAAGUAACAAAGUUGACUGGGACCAUCCGGUGCAGGUACAACCUAUGAGCCCAAGCUCGGUGAAGCAAGUGAUUGUGACAUGGGAUGCAUACGAGGCGGCUAAGGGGGCUCACGGGCUAUGCAUAUUGACCGAAUGGGAUGAGUUCAAGAAGCUGGAUUAUCGCAGGAUUUACGAUUACAUGAUGAAACCGGCGUUCGUUUUUGAUGGAAGGAAUGUGGUGAAGGCUGAAGAGUUGAGGGAGAUUGGGUUCAUUGUGUACUCAAUUGGGAAGCCAUUAGAAUGAAUCCAUGGCAUUUCUGUAGUUGCUUAAUGUAAAAUGAGGAGCCAUUUGUUUGCCUAUUUUGACUUAUGUUUUUCCUACCUAGUAAACCAUUAAUAAACAUAAUAAAUUACAUUGACAAA